GCCCAUUUGAAUAUUCUCGGGCCCAUUAAAUCAGCAGCAGCUCCGUCGCUCCAAGCUUGACUGCCCUCAUUUCCCGUCAAGUUCUUCAUCAAUGGUUGAUUAGGGCUUCUUCCAUAACUUGCUUCAAACCACUUCAGUAUCAGAAUUUGCUUGCUAACUAUGGUUUUCUGGAGUAGAUUGAGGCAAUUGAAGCUUAAUUUGCGUAUAUUUUCGGACGAAUUCAGGAGAUGUUACACUCUAAACCAUGGCCCAAUCGUCUCCGAUCAACGCAUUUUGUCACGCGCCUCAAUUCCGGUUUUAGAUAACCCUAAAUUCGCCGCGCAGGUUAGCCAAUUGGAGAUUUUCCGUCAAGUCAGAUCCUAUGCAGCUCCUGUUCAGUAUCAAAAGAAGGAAGAGAAGGACGAAAGCGGGAUUAAAUUGAAUGAACAAAUCACAGCUCCGUUGAUUAGGCUUGUCACUGAUGAAGAUCAUUAUGUCAUAUCAAGGCAUGAAGCACUAGCCCGAGCAAAAGAUCUAAAGAUGGACUUGGUUCUGGUUGAUAUGGUUUCCAAACCACCAGUUUGCAAAAUUUUUGACUACAACAAAGAAAAGUACCUUCAACAAACAAAGGAAAGGGAACGUUCUAAAAAUAAGUCUACACUCAAGAAAGCCUGUAAAGAAGUUCGAUUUACGGCUAAAAUUAAACCAAAUGACUUGCAAGUCAAAGCUGAUAUGGCUAAGAGACUCAUGGCAAGUGGCUAUCGUGUCAAGUGUGUGGCCGCUGAGCCUACCAGUGAUCUGGACUUGGAGACUUUAAUAAAUCGCUUUGCUGCUCUGAUUGAAGAUGUUGCCGUUAGAGAAUGUGAACCACUGAUCGAAAAAAAACAGGCAUGCCUUGUCGUGAGGCACAUCAAAUUCGGCCCCUUGAAAAAUGGUCCAGGAAAGAAAGCUUCUUCUAAUGCUGCCACCACUGAAAACCAAGAAAACGGAGAAACAACUAUAGAAACUGAGCAUGCAAAAUCCGAAGAACUGUCCGAUGAAGUCGAUGACGUCAUCAUCCCUGCAGUUUUUAACACUAAUGACGAAGUUAAUAACGGUCCCCACAAAAAUCCAGAGCCCGUUAUAACAGGCCCUUCGCCAUAUUCUUCAAAUAGAAGUCCAAGAACUGUAGUUGAGCCUGCAGCACCUCCAGUGGCAAACAGGUAUGCGAGAGAUCCUAGGUCUGGAAAACCACCUGGGAUUCCUACAGACACCAAUAAUCGUGUUCCUAAUAUUCCGAACCAUGGAAAUCAGCCUCAGUUUAGUGUGAACGCACCGCCUCAAAGGAGACCAAAUCUGCAAGUUGAGGUUUCUAAGCAAGAUUCUUCUUCUCGCUCGAGUAUUCCCAAUUCACCGAAUAAAAGUUACGGUGUUUUUACUGGGCAGCAGCAACAGAGGAAUACACCACCACCACCACCACCACCACCACGUGAACAAAAUAUACCUGGAGAAAAUAACCGAUACAAGAAGAGCGUUCCCUCUGACACUGCCAGAAGUCAAAGUCAAAUGUCAACAGAUCCGAGGGUGCACAGAGGGCCUCCUGGUGUUGAUAACUCAGGUCAAGGAAAAUGGGGAGUGUUUAAUAGAGAUAACUCGAAUGUGAUUCCAAACACGAAUGAAAAUCAUAGACGAUGAUUUUUUGUGCACUCUAUUAUUUAUUUAAACUUACGGUUUCUUGAUUUUGGGAGGUAUGGGUAAUCUAAAGCAGUUUCCCCAUUUUUUGUCAAAGUGUUAGAAUGUUUUGUUAUAAUUAAGGGAGCAGGAAAAUGCCACUGUCUUGUGACUUGUGAGGUUAGUGUAAGUGUUGAUGUUUUGUUAUAGUCGAAAUUUAUUGAAUCACAUAUUUGAAUGUGGUUUUUUUUUUU